AUGGCAACCGUUCAAAUUCUCGAUGGGGGCCUCGGCACCUCUCUAGGCGACCAAUACAACAUAAAAUUCUCCUCAUCCGAGACGCCCCUCUGGGCCUCGCACCUGCUAGUCAGCGACCCGGCAACACUCGAAGCCUGCCAAAGCGACUUCGGGCACGCAGGAGUCGACAUUCUCCUAACAGCUACGUACCAAGUCUCCGCCGCUGGCUUUGCGCGAACCAAGACCGCGCAGCACCCAAACGGGAUUCCGCGCGACGCAAUCGCGCCCUAUCUCCGCACGGCGGUUGAUGUGGCUCGCCGCGCGAAAGUGCAUGACAGCGCGCGCGUCGCGCUCAGCCUUGGGCCUUAUGGCGCUUGUAUGAUUCCUGGACAGGAGUAUAGUGGGGCUUAUGAUGCAGAGCAUGAUUCUGAGGAGAGCUUGUAUGCUUGGCAUCUUGAGCGACUGAGGAUGUUUGACGAGGCGGGAGUUGUGGGGGAUUUGGAGUUUGUUGCGUUUGAAACUUUGCCGAGACUGGAUGAGGUGAGGGCUGUAAGGAGGGCGAUCGGUGAUUCCGGGAUCAAGUUGCCGUUUUGGAUUGCUUGUGUUUUUCCAAGGGAUGAUGAGCUGUUGCCGGAUGGGAGUGCGGUUAGGGAGGUUGUUGAGGCGGCGUUGAAGCCUGGGGACGGCCCUGUUCCUUGGGGUCUGGGGAUUAAUUGUACUAAGAUGCAUAAGCUCCCAGGGCUUGUGGGCUCAUUUGGGCAGGCUGUUAAAGAGGCUGGGGUUGAGACGCCUUGUUUGGUGCUUUACCCUGAUGGGACUAAUGGGGAGGUUUACAAUACUACGACGCAGGUUUGGGAGAAGCCGAGCGAGGCGGGUGAUAAUGUGAGUGAUAACCGGCCUUGGGAGGUCCAGUUGGCCCAGGUGGUCAAUGAUUCGUAUGAAAAGGACAAUUUCAAGGAAUUCCUUGUCGGUGGAUGCUGCAAGGCUUCUCAUCAUGAUAUCAAGAAGCUUGGGGAGCAAUUCAAGACCAAGUGA